UCAAAAUAUAAAAAUGUUUUAAUUUCCGUUUUUGAGUUUUAAAAACUUUUUUAAAAUGUACUUUAUUCAUUUUACACAUCUGACAUGCAAACUCGAUGUACACUAGUGAAAAAGUAGAGUUCAACACUUAAUGGUGUGCUCCUGUAAAGCUUAUCAAAUUUAUACAUUUCUACAAUAAUUAGUGUAAAAUGAAAUGUUAUAACAAAUACCAGUGAAAUUAACAAAGUUAAUUCUUCACAGCAGAGUAAUAAUUUUGUAUCGUUUCUUAAAUAUAAUUCAAUAAACUAUAAAAUUAUCACAUUUUUGCAGUUGGGACGGAAGGUUGCGUUUUGAUUAUUUCGGUCAGCCGCUGUUUAAUUUGUGGUGAUAAAGUGAUAUAAAUUAUGCUAUUCUAAUGCGCUAAAUUAAUAUUUGCUAUUAAAUUAAGUGUUCUGGGUGCUAAAAGCAACAAAAGAAGUGUGGAAAGUCAAAUCGGUAACCAAACGUAUAAGAAACCCACGCCAUUUUACUGUUUAAAAUUCUAAAGAAAAUAGUUCAAUGGAUUAAGGAAUAUGUGGUAUUAGGGCAAUGGUAAAGCUUAAGUACCAGUUAUAAUCAGUUAUGGCUCAAUUCAAUCAAUUAUUGGGUCAAGCUGAGAAAACUCCAAUAGAAGAAUUAACUCAUUAUUAUCCAACGAUUGCUGAAAAUCAAACGGUUCAGUACAUUGUCAAUUCUAUUGCUCCUGAUGAACAAAAUUUGCAAGGACAACAGCUUUUGUUGCCUAAGAUUCUAGUAUCAACAGAUCAGUUAAUGCUAAUAGAAAAUCAGGCACAAGUAAUAUUGGAUCCGACUCAAGUAACUUAUCAGCCAACACCCCAGUAUAUUGUGCAUGAUGCAACUGCAACUAUUGUUGAUAAUUGCACUCAACAACCACAAGUUUACUAUAUGAAAGAAGAAAUAAACAACACGAAACCAAUGCAACAACAACCAGAGCAAAAUACUCCCAUUGUAUUAAAUCAUUUGCAAAACAGCACCUUGAAAACACAGAUCUCUAAUAUAGCCACCCAAAAAGUUAUUACGUUACAAUCCCAACAAAUGCAACAACCCCCUGUUAGACAAAUGCAAAAUCAGCCAACUCAGCAAAGGCUUCCUGUCCAGAAUCGUCAGUUGCCUCAAGGAAGCACUAUAAAUUCUCAAAAGAUGGUUCUUCAAACGCAACAACCCAAGCAGAUAAGCCCAAAUCCAACUCAGAGACCUGCAGCACCAAAUAUUCAGCAACUGCAGCAAAAACUUCCUGAUAAAAUCGUUCAAAGAAACACAAUGACCACCCACGUUCCCAACAAAGUUGUAACUCCACGUAAUGUUCUAGUGCAAAAUGCAGGUGCUUCCCGAUUAUUAUCAGACGAAAUUCCCUCUUUACAUUUCCCCCAACGUAACAUCAAUGAAACUGAAACACAACGUCCAAAAAUACCUGACAAAGCAACUUCCACCUUCACACCUACAUCGGCCCAAGUUGCCGGUAAAAUCGUCCAUGCUCCUAGGACUGUGUUAACUCCAACUUCUUCGGUGAUAUCACACGAAGAUGCUGCAAAUCCUAAUCGUUUUACGCAGCCCGUAGUCAGCAAACCCGACGCAGAAGACCCCGAUAGUGAAGAUGGUUUUACUUUACCGAGUGGAACAGUUGUAUCCAUUGCAGAAUAUAAACAAAUGUUGCUUGAAAAGAAAAAGACGUCAUUGGGAAUGUAUGACAAAAAUGAAAGUGGAACAUUUGUUGAACCAGCGUCUCCGAAGAAAAAAAACAACAGAAACUCAGGGAGUAGAGUAAAAGUAAAUACUCUUCAUCACAAGGUCCCUCGAGUUACUGGACGAGCUCCUAUUAAUAAGAGUGCUUCCACAAACACCUCUCAAGUGGAUUUUAAAAUGCAAAACAAUGUGCACAAUGUUGACUCUUCAAUUGCAAGGCCUCUUCAGCACCUCCAAAUGCAACAACAGUUUUCCAAUCAGCAGUCCCCCCAAAACAUAAGAAAUUUAAAUCACUUGACCAACCAACAACAGUUUCUUAAAACGUUAAAUCAGUCCAGACAACCACAACAACCUAUCCCCAAAACUACUUCGAAUAUUCAACAAGUACAGCAUCAGCAACAACAGCAGCCACAGAAUCAACAGUCUGUUCCCAAAAAUAUGGGAGCUCUACAACAAAGUCAGCAACAAAGCAUGAAGAAUACGGGACAACAGUUUCAUCAGCCUCAACCCAAAACGAAUCAGCAGCAGCAGCAACAUUGUGGUCAUCAGCAACAACUUCCUUCAAACACGCUGCAGCAGCAGCAACAAAAUCAUCCGCUUCGUCAACAACAACAGAACCAAUCAAAUUAUGUACAGCCCCAGUAUAUUAUUCAACCACCUUCUCAGCGUCAGUCGCAGCAAGUUUGUCCGUUACCGUCGUAUGUUCCAUCUACUCAGAUUCAAGAAAUUAUAGAAAGUACUCCAAUAACUGAGGAAUACAAUGAUUCGAUUCGUAUGCUGGUCCUAUUAGAAAACGGUGAACAAAGACUAAUAACCUUUACACUUCCCAAAGAAGUUUGCACUAUUCAAGAGAUUCUUGAGCAGGUUGGUGUACCUUUCCAAAAAGAUACGAGAAUAGAACUUAUAGAGACAAACAGCAAUGGAAUUAAUUACUUCGUUACAGUCGGUAAUUUCCCAAAACUACACAAUCAGGAGGUUCAAGAAGAACGUAUGGAAAAAGAGGAAGCUCCUCCUAAAUCAUCGCCUCCACCUCCACCACAGCCCAUGCAAGUCAAACCUGAGCUGCCUAAAAUUGUCGAGUCACCUUCGAAGUCCCCAUCCCCAGAACCACCAAAAGAAUUCCCGAAAUUCAAGCCCGGAAAGUGCGCUGUCUGCAACCAUUGCGGUUAUUUGUCGGAAGACUUUAACAGGUGUCUACGUUGUGGCCGCAAACUUCCUGAAGACGUCAAGAGUGUGGCUACUGGUACCGCCAAUGAAAGAAAGAAUGUGUUGUCUAACCUACAACAUGGGGUUUCCUCAGCACAGAAGAAAGAAAAUGAAUCCUCGCAAGCAAGUAGCCUUGGUGGUGCUAUAACGCUAAACACAAAGAAUCCUAUUAUGGCUAAGAAAAAACCAAAAUCUAAAUUUGUUGAACAAGAACCUGUAAUUCUUACGUUAAGUUCAGAUGAUGAAGACGAUCACAAACCUGCGAAUAAAAUCCCUCCUGUAACUGAUCAUUUAUUAAGGAGACUAUCAGAAUCUGCUGUAUCUCUCAGUAGAAUAAGAAAGGAACCCUCUGCAAGUGACAUUGAAAAUAACUCUCAAGAAAAGCAAGAUUCUAAAGGUAGUAAUGUGGAUGAUAUUCCUGAAGUAAUCGUGGAGAUUUCAUGCCGUACUAUAAGAAUUGGUUCAUACAAAUUCUUACCCGUAGAUAAUAAACUGAUUGUAAAAACAUCCGGAAUUUCAUUCAAAGCCCCAUCACUGAAAGAUAACACAGAAUAUAAGACGAUAAAUAUCAAUAAAGAAGGAAUUGUGAAAGUGUUAGUUAGUUUCCAGAAGACGAUGCCCGUUCUCUUUUAUUAUUGUAACCCGAAUGUAGCCAAAGCCAUAUGCGAGGAGCUUGGCAUGACCAAGGAGAGCGAGUACUUUUUCGAUCCUCUUUCAGAUGAAGAGGCACACAAAAGAAUAACCGUUCUUGUGAACAUAGUGCCUGAAGAGGCACGCAACAGUUUGAGAAAAAUUUAUUCGGUCCCAUGCAAUAUAAUAGACGAACUGACUACUGUAGAAGCAAACGAGUUGCUUUGUAAAACGUGUCCGAAAGAGAUUUCAUCUGUUAUUGCCAGCGUAGGGUACUUGGAAAUUAAACAACUGCUUAUUUAUCCACCUGGAAAGGGAGGUUUAUCCAUAAACACAGAAGAUUACUUGUGCUUAGGGCAAGACCAAUUUUUAAACGACGUUAUUAUAGAUUUUUAUCUGAAACAUUUAAUUCUAAACUUGCCACCAGAGCAACAGGAAAAGGUGUACGUGUUUUCAACAUUUUUCUAUAAACGUCUGACCACAAAGCCUGCAAAAACCACAAGGAAAAGUCACCCAUUGGAACAUGAUCCCAAUUUAACCCCUUCCCAGAAGAGGCACGCACGAGUGGAAAAGUGGACAAAAAGUGUUAAUCUGUUUGAUAAAGACUACAUUAUUAUCCCCAUAAAUGAAAACUGCCACUGGUUCCUUGCCAUCAUUUGUUUUCCAUCAUUAACAGGCUGUUAUACUUUCGACGGAAAAUUAGUUAAACUUGAAACUAAGAAGAAGAAGACAGUUAAAACGAAGAAAGAAGAAAAGCCAAUACCUUGUGAAGAAUUAGAAGCCAGUGAUAAAGACGAAGCUGAAGGUGAUGAAAGCGAGUUAGAGUCUGAAGAGGAAGGUGAUAGUGAAGAAAUCAUCAGUGAAAAAGACUGCGGACAGCCUAUUAAACAACCCUGCAUUUUAAUUUUCGAUUCUUUGGCUGGUACGGGACGUUCUAGGGUGGUUGCCACUUUAAGGGAUUACCUAACAUGUGAGCACAAAGCCAAGUUGGGUACAGAAAAGAUCUUUACUAAAGAUGUAAUCAAAGGUGCAUGCCCUAAAGUCCCCCAACAGACUAACUUCACGGACUGUGGUCUAUAUUUAUUACAAUACGUAGAGCAGUUCUUUUUGGACCCCAUAAAGGACUAUCGAAUGCCAAUAAAGCAGUUGAAGAAUUGGUUUGAAGAAAUAAUUGUAACGAAAAAGCGCGAAGACAUAGCCAAUCUUAUCAAGGAAUUGAUGUUAAAAUAUAAUAGGGAUCCUUCUGUUUUACCUGAAAUAACCCUUCCCACACAUAACGGUAAAUUGCUACCGCCCGAACACAUGAUGGAGGAAUGUGAAGAUUUUAUGGAGGAAGAAGAGGAAGAGGAAGAGGAAGAGGAGGAAGAAGAUGAUGAAGAGAUGGACGAUGCUGAUCUGGAAGGUUUUCGUCGUGAACUGGCCAAGAAGUAUCCACAAUUUGAGAAAAAGCACCUGCAACAACAGCAUGAAUCGGAAAUGGAUACCAAAUGUGGUGAAAGAAGAAGAUCAGAAGCAUUCAGCGACGAAGAAUGUUCAUCGUUGCCGUCGAGAGAAAGUGUAAGGAUGGAAGAUGGGUUUAAACAAGAAACUGUGCUAUUAAAGCCGGACAUGAGUGAAGCCUCUCACAAAUCUUCAAAUCGCGACACUUUGUCAUAUUUAAAGGCGAAACGUAUUAACAGACAUAAAAACGUAGACCAUUGUGACCCGAAGAAAUUUAAAUCUUCAAGUUAGGCAAAUUAAAAAAGUAUUUAAAUGUAAAUAUGUUGAUAUUUUAUCAUGAUUAUUAUUAUUAUUUUAAGUUGAUAGUUGUCUUUCAUGUUGUACUUUUUAUAAUAUACGAGAUCUUCGAUACGCCAUAAUAAAACGUACGGAUUU